AUGAUUUCGCCAAUUUCACAAUCAGCGACGCCAGGAACAGCAAGUAAGUUUGGCAGUCAUACAAAACUGAAUAACGGCCACUCUAGAACUGUGGUGCCCAUAAAUAGAACCCAGGACGUCGAAAGAGCUACGAAAACCUUAAUCAAGGCUUUCGUUGAUUCACCAUCGAAUGAUUACUUGAUGAAGAAAUUCUUCAAUUUGCCAAUUGAAGAGCACGUUUCAAAGAAAAGAAUCAACUCAAUUCUACAUUAUUUCACUGCAUUAUACGCGGAUAAAGGCGGGGAGAUUGUUGAGGCCAACGAUUUCGACGCCGUUGCCGUUUGGACUGGUCCCGGCCACCACUUCCAUCAGGACGAGACUAACGACGAAAAGUUCAACAAGAUCUUCUUCGAUGACUUGUAUAAAAAACGUGAGGAGGUCAUGCCCAAGGGAAUGGAUUGCUACUAUCUUUUCAUCUUGGCUAAGGAUUUGACUCACCCUGAGAUCAGAGGGUCUGUCAGGGCUAUUUUUGAUACUUACAAAAAAAAGGCAGACAAAGAAGGUGUCGCAUUGGUUUUGGAAGCGAUUUCAGAACAUGCGAAAUCCGUUUAUGAGUACUUUGGCUUCAAGAACUAUCUCACUUUCCGUUAUGGCCAGGGAGAAGUCGAUUCCAGGGGCAGGCCAGACCCCAACGGCGAAGGUUUCGUCGGCCACUUAAUGAUUUAUUAUAAGGAUGAAUUGCCGGGUGCUUUGCAUUCUUGA